CAUCAAGUUCAAAUGAUUGACGGAAUUCGUCAAUAUUCACCAGAGUUCCAAUUGACGUCUGCAUUGAGUGGAUAUUAUUAUUCGUCAAAAAACACCGUCAAAAAACUUCUGUAGAUAAUUUCGUUCAAAGCUAAAUUUAACCGAUUAUUCAGUGUCUCUUUGACAUGAAAAUAACCGUAAAUUUCAACAUUUCGUAUGGAACAGGGCAAUAAAUCAAAGGAAAGUUUGCCAGUAAUAGCGAACUCUGAUAGUUCAGACGAAUCUUCAGAUCUCGAAAGGGCUUCAGAAAAUGGAGAUGGUUAUAUACAAACUUUCAAAAAAAGAGGACUCAGUAAGCAGAACAGCAAAUUAUCUCUCGGUAUAAGUCCAAAAAUCAAGCGGAAAAAGAAGCGAGCUGUUACACUUUGUUUGGCAAACUGUCGCUACGAUGUCAUUCGGAAGACGGCCUCUAAAUUUGGUUACAAGGAAGUUGCAGAAGGUGAAAACUGGAACAUGUAUUGGACAGAUUUAUCAAUAACCAUUGAGAGAUGUAAGGAAAUGAAAAGGUUCCAGAAAAUCAAUCAUUUUCCAGGCAUGUUAGAAAUAUGCAGGAAAGAUUUGCUGGCGAGGAACCUCAAUAGAAUGAUCCGAUUGUUUCCCAAAGAUUAUAAUUUUUUUCCUAAAACCUGGUGUUUUCCUGCCGAUCUAGGAGAAGCUCUCACAUACAGUAGGCUCAGGAAGAAUAAAACAUUCAUUUUGAAACCAGACGCUGGGAGUCAAGGAAGAGGAAUUAUUGUUACCAAAACACUGAAAGAUGUCAGACCUUGCGAUAGAGGAAUAUGUCAAGUUUACAUCAAUCGACCAUUUCUCAUCGAUGGUUACAAAUUUGAUUUGAGAGUUUACACAUUAAUCACCUCUUGUGAUCCAUUACGCAUCUAUAUCUUCAGGGAAGGUUUGGUCAGAUUUGCAACCAGUCGUUACAAGGAACCCAAUGGUGUCAACAUUUCUAAUGUAUUCAUGCAUCUCACAAACUAUGCUGUAAAUAAACACAGCAGAACAUAUAAUUUAGAUACUGAAGCAGGUAGUAAGAGAAAACUAUCUUGGCUCAACAAUUAUCUUCAUAGCUUAGGUCAUGACGUCGAUCAUCUUUGGACGAAAAUUGAUGAUGUCAUUAUAAAAACAAUCAUAAGUGCUUGGCCGAUUUUAAAACAUAGUUAUGCAGCUUGUUUCCCGAAUCAUGACGUCAUACCAGCUUGCUGUGAAUUGUUAGGCAUCGAUAUAAUACUUGACCGAAGAUUAUGUCCACAAAUAUUGGAAGUGAACCAUUCCCCCAGUUUUCAUACCGAUACUCCAUUGGAUUUAGAAGUUAAGGAGUCUCUUCUGUCAGAUAUGUUCUCAAUGCUCAACUUGGAACACUGCGAUAAAAAAAAGAUUAUGCGUGAGGACAGGAAGAGGGUUAGGGAAAGACUCCUACAUGGCUUGAAUAGAGAUAUGCCAGCUCCUGCUGAAGUCAAAUGUUUUGCUGAGUAUUAUAAACACGAAAUGAUGCAUAAGGGAGGAUUUCGCCUAGUAUACCCUUGUAAUUCUACGGAGUACAUCAAAUUCUUCGAUCAGGGUCAAGGGUCACUUUACUGCGACACAGCUGCAAGUCGAGCUAGAGAAGCUGCCCAAAAUGCUAUGAGAGAUGAAAUGCUACUCAAGGCAAAGUUAGAAGCAUCAAAAAGAGUCAGUCCGAUCAUCAGGCCCCUUCAGAAAAAAAACGAUCAGAUAUUGUCAAGAACUUCAUCCAGAAUCACGCAAUUCUCUUCGGCAAGAACGUCGUGCUCUUUUGAACCGCAGAUGAUUGUGGAGGCUGAAGAAAGAGAUAGACUGCAGCGUCUUGCUCAGAGAGAUUACCUGAUCAGAAGUCAAGGUAUCUUGGAGCAUGUUUAUUUCUCCAUGAAGCAGAAUGGAACUCUCAGACCACAGGAUCUAAGGAAGUUCGCUAUUUUCGAGAAGAUCAGGAGCGCAAGUGAGUCUAUAGUUAGCAAAAAGGGUCCUGCAAUUACGGAUCUACUAGAGGGUAUGAGAAACGGGGCAACUGCGCAGGAAGCGAAUAACAGAAGAAAUUUUAUCACCCCCUGGAGUGUUACUAAUAAAAGUUGAGAGAAAUGUCA